AUGGCCCCCACUUUCAAACUUCAGGGUCACUUCGUUCUGAUCUGCCUGCUGGCUCUACGAGGAGAGAGCCGGUACCUGGAGCUGCGGGAAGCAGUGGACCACGACCCUUUUGCACACCUUGGCGGCGGCGCCAGCCCGAAGCGGGAGCUGGAGGGGGAGCCACUGUACCGCCGCGCUCUGCGGUGCGUGGACAUGCUGAGCCUCCAGGGCCAGUUCACCUUCACCGCCGAUCGGCCGCAGCUACACUGCGCCACAUUCUUCAUCGCAGAGCCGGAAGAGUUCAUCACCAUCUACUACGAUCUGGUCUCCAUCGACUGUCAGAGGGGGGACAUCCUGCAGGUAUUUGAUGGUUGGAUUCUCAAGGGGGAGAAAUUCCCAAGUUCCCAGGAUCACCCUCUCCCCACGACUGAGAGGUACAUAGAUUUCUGUGAGAGUGGUCUGAGCAGAAGGAGCAUCAGGUCCUCCCAGAACGUGGCCAUGAUUUUCUUCCGGAUCCAUGAGCCAGGAAAUGGAUUCACAAUAACCAUGAAGACAGAUCCUAACCUCUUCCCCUGCAAUAUCAUCUCCCAGACCCCAAAUGGAAAGUUUACACUGGUUGUGCCACACCUGCAUCGCAACUGCAGCUUCUCCAUCAUUUAUCCUGUGGCGAUCAAAAUAUCUGAUCUCACCCUGGGACACUUAAAUGGUUUGCAGUUAAAGAAGUCCUCCGCAGGCUGUGGGGGAAUAGGAGACUUUGUGGAGCUGCUGGGAGGAACUGGUUUGGACCCUUCCAAGAUGCUGCUUUUAGCUGAUCUCUGCUACCCUUUACAUGGCCCAGCCCAGAUGAAAGUUGGCUGUGACCACACGGUGGUGCGCAUGGUCUCCAGUGGAAAGCAUAUAAAUCGUGUGACUUUUGAGUAUCGUCAGCUGGAACCAUACGAGCUGGAAAACCCGAAUGGAAACAGUAUCCAGGAAUUCUGUCUGUCUACUCUUUGA